AUGGAUAAAAAGAGGAAACCCAGUGGCCCAUUUAAACGCAAACAACGCCAAGAAGGAGAAGAUAGUAAACAAAAAUUGCCCAAAAUUGACAAGUUUUUUAGUCAGCCUUUUGCAAGUACAUCUGGCCAAAAUAUUUCUAUCGAUAGUGACUCAAAUAAUGUGGUAACUGCAGUGUUAGUUGAGAAGCCUACUGAAGAAGAUUCGACAAUUAUUGCUGUUGGAACCUCCGCCGCCGAUCAUAUGAACGUGGAUGAUGUUUGCAUGACACACAUAAGAGCGGAGGGUUUGGAGGAACCACAGAUCUCUGCAUUUUUCAAAAAUGCGUACGACAAAUCUUCUUAUGAUUUGGGAAACUUCAGGAACAAGAUAUUAAGUGAUAACGAAAAACGUCAAAUUCUUGAUUUGGGGCCUUUGCAGCCUUCAGGAUCUUUUCCAACAGACAUCAACCAGAACAAUAGGUGUUUUUCAAAAUCGUACUACGUUUCGUGUUCUAAAUAUGGGCCAGUUAAUCGUUUUUGGUUACGUUAUUCCAAAAUACUAAACGCUGCCUAUUGUCAACCCUGCUGGUUAUUUGCUUCACUAAGGAAUAAUGUUUGGUGUACGGGAAUUCGAGAUUGGAAGCAUUUAUCAGAAAGAAUUAAACAACAUAGUUGUUCGAGUGGUCAUUCGGAAGCAUGUGCUGUGUAUGAAUUUUGGAAAAAAACGAUGCUAAUACUAUCGACAAGGAACUUGAAAAUGAAAUUCGCAAGGAAGCAUCAUUUUGGAAAAUGGUUCUUCAAAGAGCUUGUCGCCCGAUAUGAUCACAUUUUGCGGCAAGUUUUGGAUACGUCCAAAGGAUCUACAAGAUAUCUGAGUGCAGCAAUUCAAAGUGAAAUGAUUGAGAGCUUGGGGACCAAACUCGAAACCCAUCUACUAGAACAAAUUAGAGCGUCACCGUUUUUUGCCAUCAUAAUGGAUACGACACAGGACAUAUCGAAGGUAGAUCAGCUAAGCAUUGUUGUGAGGUAUGCAGUAAUAACCAGAUCGGAAAAUGGACAGCCAAUUGAUAUAGAAGCAAAAGAAGUGUUUCUAGGCUUUUAUGCAGCCAUCAAACAUGGCGCUGUAGAUUCAGUCAACCAAGUGACAACAUUAUUUAUCGACAAAAAUAUUGAUUUAAAAAAAUGUGUGGGGCAAGGCCAUGAUGGAGCCAGUGUGAUGAGUGGUGUGUAUAAUGGUGUAAAAAAACAUAUUAAGGAUAUCCAGCCUAACGCAGAGUACGUACAUUGCGCCACUCAUAAUUUAAAUUUGGUGAUAAAUGAUGCCGUUAGCAGUUGUGUGGAAAUACAGAUUUUUUUUUUCGCAGCGUUGCAAGAUUUGUAUAACUUUUUCGGAAACAGCAUCAAACUUCGGGAUCUACUGUCGAAAUUCACUGGCGAAUCGGACACCACGCUAAAGAAACUAAAUCCGAUUAGAUGGUCUAGUAGGGUCAAUACGAUAUCUGCAAUAAAACUUCGUUAUUUUGAUAUUAUUAAAGCAUUAUCAGAAAUAAUUCUAAAGAGUCCUAAUAAAGAUGAGCGUAGUGACGUAGAGAGUAUUAAAACAAAAAUGCUGAAUUUCGAGUUCCUGUUGCUUUGCGAAUUCAUGCACAGUGUAUUGAACGACAUCAAUUAUGCAUCCCAAACUUUACAAAAAUGUGACAUCAAUUUGGGCGAGGCGAGUAAAGUUUUAGCAGAGACCAAAGCAAAGUUGCAAAUUUAUAGAAAUGAUUUCGAAAUAUUCAAGUGCAAAGCCAGUGAAACUGCAAGAAAAUAUGGUAUUGAUACCCAUUUUCAAGAAAAAGUUAAAAAACAUUUUGAUGAAUUAGCUGCUGAUCACCGAUUUCCAAACCGAGAAAAAAUUGAGAUUUUCAAUAAUGUACUAGACACAGUAAUAUCUCAAUUGGAUACACGUUUUAUUGGUCUGAGUGCAAUCUGUCAUAUAUUCGAUUUUCUAACACCAACAUUUUUAUUACAUGUUGAUGAAGAAACUUUAUUACAUAAGUGUGACGAAUUCCAAAGAAAAUAUUCAGAUAUAAUAGGCCCUAGUUUUUCACUUCAAUUUAUUAAUAUUUGCCACCUAGUUUUACCUCAACUAACUCAAGCAUUGACUGUUCACCAAUUAUGUAAGGAAAUAAUGAGCAAAUAUGGAGUGCUAGAAUGCGACCUAACGGAAGUAUUUACAGCAAUGUUAUUACUCUUUACAAUUCCUGUCACUUCUGUUGCAGCAGAAAGGUUACUUUAUAUGGACCAAGUUCUUGAAUCUGCGGACUUGAAGGAAUUUUUCUGUCCGGAAAAUUGGGUGAUUCGUUGA